GGCAGAUGUUAUCGCGCUUUCGUAAAGUGCGCGCUUGCGUUUACAUUAUUUUUAAAUUCAGAGGUUAUGUUAGUUUGAAAGAGAAGUUUUGUUUUCAUUCGGUUUUACAAAAUGUUAUGUCUCAUGUUCUACUUAUUGAAAUUUUCUUUCGACGCAAUGAUUGAAGUUAUAAAAUCCUAAUGGCUUGUUCUGUGAAAAAAAAAACAAAAUUUUAUAUUUAGUUUGAUUGUUAUUUCUUUAAACUUUAAUGGUAAUAUUAUGAGGUUAUGAUUUAGUAAAUAAAAGCUAUUUUGAUUACAAAAUAAUACAAAUUUUUUGAUAAGAUAAAACAUUAUGCAUUUUAAGACUGAACAUGUCCGCAAAAUUUAUAUCUAUUAAAUAUAAAAAUAUUGAAAUUUUGUUGUGAUUUUUGGCAAAAUCCAUUGUUGUCAAGAUGUACGACAGUAAUCUGAAUAGUUACAGUAGUGGAAUGGCAUUGGGUGUUUCCAGUAGUGGAGCUGGAAUUGUACAGUUGGCUUUACACAAAACAACUAAUACUUAUGUAGUUAUUAAAAAGUACUUCAUUGAUGAUAAAGACUCUGAGGAUUAUAGUCUUAUUCAACAAGAAAUAGUCACAACAAGGCACUUACAACAUCCAAAUGUUCUUCCUUACCUCAAUGCUUUUGUAUCAGGGCAUGAUAUUUAUGUUAUUUCACCUCUUAUGGCUUAUGGCUCGUGUAGCAAUUUAAUUAAGGAACAUUUCAACGAAGGAUUCCCAGAGCUUGCUAUUGCAUUUAUUAUAAAGGAUGUUUUACAAGGUCUUGAUUAUAUACACAAGAAAGGGUUUAUUCAUAGGGCAUUGAGAGCUAGUCACAUACUCAUUUCUGGUAGUGGUCAAGCCUGCAUCUGUGGUAUGCGAUAUUCUUGUGAGAUGUUUAAAAGUGGCAAAUGGCAACGUACUAUUUUUGACUUUCCAAAGUCAAGCAUAAAUAAUCUCAAGUGGUUGAGUCCAGAGUUACUUCAACAAGACCUUCGGGGUUACAAUGAAAAAUCUGACAUCUAUAGUCUUGGAAUAACUAUUUGUGAGUUAGCUAAUGGAGUAGUACCUUAUGCUGAUGUGCAGGACACAUUGAUGUUGACUGAAAAAGUUAGGGGUUGUACUCCUAACAUUAUUGAUAGAUCUACAUAUCCACUUGAUAUGAUGGAUGUUAAGCAAUCUGAAGAAAAAGUUAACAACGAAAAUCCUACACAAAAUACAGAAGUUAUGUCAACGCGUAAAUUUUCAGAACCGUUCCAUGCCAUUGCUGAGCUCUGUCUUGAAUGUGACCCAAGCAAUCGACCUGGAAUUAAUCAACUCUUAGCUCAUUCAUUCUUUAAACAGUGUAGAAAAGCCAACACAACACUUCUUAAUCUUCUCAAGGAUAUAAAACCUUUAAAUGAACGUUUUAAGGAAACUUUAGGAGACCAGUCUGCGGAAAUGGCUACAGAACUGGGAAAUCUUGAUCUCGAAAGUUGUCAGUGGGAUUUUGAAAACACUUGAAAAACAGUAUUUGCUUUAUAAGGAACUAUUAAAAAAAAGCACAAAGCGCUCAAAAGUAUAAAGUGGUUAAUUGUUAUUUGAUUUUUUAGCAUAGAUUUUGUUUUUUUUCUGUAAUUGUUGAGUUAGUAAUUAAUAAAAUGCAAGUUUAUUGGGCUAUUUUCUCAAUUUUGUAAAUAAGAAUAUGCUGAUGAUAUUCUAUAUGUGAUUGAAUGCGUCAUAUUGAUGGAAUUAAAAUAAAGUUAAUGAAUAUUGAUACCGAUCAAAA